AUGAGUCAGUCUCAAUCUUCUCCCAACAACAGAGGGUCCAUAUUUGGAUGGGCAAAAAGCUUGAGACGCUCAAACUUGUUAUCCAACGAGUCUGUUAAUGAAAUCAGCGACAAUGACUCCAUUUCAAAGUCUCCUACAAAAGCAAAUUAUACCUCGCCUCAUCAGCAUCACAGCCCGUUGAAUAUACCGAAUGCAAAGACUCACAACAACACUCACGCGAAUGCAGACUCCCCAAACUCAUUCUACCAGAACCAACAACAACAACAGCUGCAACAACUGCAGCAACUGCAACAACUGCAACAACUGCAUCACCUGCAUCACCACCAUAACCUCGGAUCAAACUUUUUUGGAUCUUCUCCAACGGGGUCCAGUCACCACACCGACUUUUUACGCCCCCUACUCAACCACAAGUCUAGAUCUACAAAUAAUGUGUCCAGAGUUAGAUCAAACUCCUUGAACCAAUCUGAAAGCAGUAUACGUCAGCACAGAGACUCGUUUUUGCAAACCAAUGCACUAGUUGAUGAGAAUUCUAAAUAUUUCGGGGUUCCUUUGCAACAGGCCUUGGAUGAGGCAUCGGCAAAGAUUUCCAUUCUCACUGGGGAUCAGUCUGAUGGCUUGAAAUAUGGCCAAAUUCCCAUUGUUGUGGCCAAAUGCGGAGUAUACUUGAAGAAAAAUGGACUCAAUGUGGAGGGUUUGUUUAGAGUUGGAGGCUCUUCCAAAAGAAUCAAAGACUUGCAGGUUAUAUUCAACACUCCACCAUCUUUUGGUAAGCAGCUAAACUGGGAUGGAUACACAGUUCAUGACGCUGCAUCAAUUUUGCGAAGAUAUUUGAAUGCACUUCCCGAACCACUAGUUCCAUUGGAUAUGUAUGAAGAGUUUAGAGAGCCAUUAAAGAAUAGGCAACGAAUCAUUAGUUAUAUGCAAUACAAAGCUGAGAAUCCGUCAAAAAGUCUUAAACAUGCCAGCGUGGAGGACUUGUCUAGUGCUUCACAGAUGUUGACUGAGGCCAAUGUGGAAAAGUUUAAUGACAAUGGGGUUAGUUUCAGAGAUCGCAAUGAUUCGAAUGUAUCGACGCAUCCAACAAGUUCAAUUAACCAGGCAAGUGAGCAGCCGCUGCAAGUGCAGCAACAACCAUUGCAACAACAACAACAACAACAACAACUGCAGCAGCAACAGCUAUCAACGGAGCAACAACAACUGCAGCAGCGUCUUCCACUGCAAUCACUCGUACGACAACCCACUCAGGACGAAAUUGACCUCAAGAACAAGAAGAAAUCCAAAAACUACAAAAAGCUCACAAGAGAUGUUCAUGCAGCAAUCGACGACUACAAGCACUUGGUUGAUGAUUUACCCACAGCUUCAAAGCAAUUGCUAUUUUACGUGUUGGACUUGUUGGCAAUGGUGCGUAAUCAUCUGAAGGAGAAUUUAAUGAGCUCGAGAAAUUUAGCUGCCAUUUUUCAACCGCUGAUACUUUCACACCCGAGUCAUGAUCUUGACCCUGAAGAGUAUGCUUUAUCUCAAUAUGUUGUGGAGUUUUUAAUCCACUACGCUUACAAGCUUUUGCCCACUCAUAACCCUGGUUCUUCAGGCAGCAGUGGCAACGAAGAGGUCGCUGCAUCCGUUGCGCCUCCACAAGCAUCGCAAAGCACCGUCACUUCCACAAGCACAACUCCAUUGGAGAGUUCGGCCUCGCUAUCAAAGAACGACCUACUGCUGAAAGUACCUCCUAUAGGAGAGCCUACGCCUACGCCUAUACCUCCACCUCCACCUGCAUCUGCAUCUGCAUCUGCAUCUGCUGCACCCCCACAAUUUAAUCGUCGACAUUCGAAAAGUUUGAGCUCGGCCGGGAACCAUGAGGAUUUGGUGGUGGGGUACAAACAGAAUGUCACUGGAUCCAUACCAUUUGAAUCAGAUGUGGAUUACGAAAUAUCUGAUGAAAACGACAUAGGUUCUGAUGUUGAGGAGUCGUAUUUCACGCAAACGAGGUCGGCUAAUGCUGCAAGUCCAAUGAGAAUAAAUUUUGAUAACGAAAGGGCUGUUGCGAAGCCAGAAGAACCUGUUGUUGCUAAUGAAGAGCCCGUCAUUAUUGUUACAACGCCAAGCUCGGGACCUCGAGUCUGA